AUGUUCCUGGGUCAGUGUCAGGAGCAGAGGGACCAGCUUCAACUAGAUCUUGAACCAGUCAGAACUACUUUAUCUGGACAAGGUGUGUGUGUGCGUGACAUCAUCACCCCCCCUCCACCCCCCGCCCUGACAGAAGCUGCAGGUUUGAGGAACAAGUCCAGGAAGCACCAAGUUUCUUUUUUGCUUUUCGUCGGUGUAUGGUGCGGUCCAUCCACACCUCUGGACAUGGCACAGAUGGGUGCCCUCUCUCUCCUCCUGUGGGCCGGGGUCAUCGCGCUGGGCAGCUGUCAGAGUACAGCAGACCCUGGCUCCUUACCAUCCCAACCGCCCCCUUCCUCCACAGACUCUAAUACAGCAUCCCAGGUAAUCAACUCAGAUAACAACUCCACUGGAUCUCAGAGCCCUGCCUCCAACAACUCCACACCAACACCAUCAACAGCAACAACAACAGCAACAACAACAACAGACCCCUAUAAAAAUGACCCAUGUGAAUUCAAAGUUGAGCCUGUGAAAUAUGGUCUCCGGAUUGAACUAGAAACUCCCAACAAUAAGACAUUCAACGUGACCGUAUUGGAAGAAGAUCAAGUUGUUAUUCAGGAACAGUUCAACUCGUCCAUUCACAACAUCACGCCACUGAAGCCUUGUACUGCAUACAUGGUCAAAGUACAACGGGCAAGUGGAUUGAACUGUACAGGCUCAGAUAAUAAAAUCACCACUGAACACAUGAAAAAAGAAGACCUCACGUAUGCUCCACGCCCUGUUAAAAUGAUCUCCUUUAACACAAAAUGGAACAUCACAUGUUCAGAUGUGUCUGCCCUGGGAGCUCAGGCUCAACCCUGUCCAGGAGCUCCACAGACCUGCUGCAUCAAAGUCACCAAUAACAACCUCUGCUCGGACCUCAGCAUAACAUUCAACAACACCAACUGUCUUUUCACAGACACCAUUUCUCUCACUGCUGAAAAGUUUCUAAGUGCGGCAGACCUGACCCAAAAAGUGAUCUACAAUAACCCAAAAAAAACCAAUGGACAUCCGGCAAAAAUUGAGUUUGAAACCCCAUUGCCUAAAAUAUGUAAACUAACUACUGAAUAUAACUGUGAGGAUACAAAAAAAAAUACCAUGUUGUUAUCUAAGCUGGAGCCGUUUAAAACAUACACAUGCAUUGGGAAUAUAAAAAAUGAAACAGCUGUGAUUAAUAAAACUGACCCAGUCAAAGUGAACACCUUCUGUGAUAUUACUUCAUCAGUUAAACCCCAAACUUCAACUAACACCUCCAUUACCCUCGAAUGGGAAACAAAAACUGAGAACUGCAAUCUAACUGUUCUCAAGCCUAAACUCGAAUACACGUGCACAUGUACUUCUCGUUUCACAGACCGGUGGCCCAGAAAGUCUUUUAAAGAAACGUCUUCUGUAGAAACGUGCAUUGUGAAUGGACUGGAAGCAUUUAUCACUUAUGACUGUAAGAUCCAGACCCUCUAUGAGGGCAAUGAACUCAAGGAACAUAAACAAACUGUCGAAACCAAACCUGGAAUUCCCGGCUACCUCGGGAAGUUGAUGGUGUAUUUGACAGAGAACAAUGGCUUCCAUGUGAACUGCUCUGGGAUAGAUCAUUUUAGGGGUCCAGAGGGAAAAUAUGAAGCCAUUCUGAAACUUAAAGAAAAAAUUAUUAAUAGAUUAGAAAACAAAAAAAAGUGCCAUUUUGAAUUCAAAAAUCUGGACUACUCCACCACCUACCUCGUGGAGGUCAAAGCUGUCAAUAUCAAACAUGCCGGCCGCUCAAGUUCCAAAACAGUGCAGACCAGCUUCAAUGACAAGGCUCUGAUUGGUUUCCUCGUCUUCCUCAUUCUCCUCACAUCUGUGGCUCUGAUGGUGGUUCUGUACAAGAUCUAUAUCCUGAAACAAAGGAACUCAAGAAACAGAACAGAUGAUUACCCGCUCCUCAUCAGUGCCCAUGCAGAUGAGGAGGAGCGACUGCAGAAUGUGGAGCCCAUCCAGGCGGAGGUGCUGUUGGACACGUACAAGAGGAAAUUGGCUGAUGAGGGACGGCUCUUCCUGGCCGAGUUUCAGAGCGUCCCAAGAAUCUUCUCAAAGUUCACGAUAAAGGAAGCCAAGAAAAACUGCAACGCCAUCAAGAACCGCUACGUGGACAUCCUGCCCUACGACUAUAACCGGGUGCAGCUGACCACAGGAAAUGGAGAACAGGGCUGUGACUACAUCAACGCCAGCUUCAUCGAUGGAUACAAGGAAGCCAAGAAGUACAUUGCAGCUCAAGGACCAAAGGAGGAGACCAUCACUGAUUUCUGGAGAAUGGUUUGGGAGCAGAAGUCGUCCGUCAUCGUCAUGGUAACGCGCUGUGAGGAGGGAAACCGGCCCAAGUGUGCGCAGUACUGGCCCAGUCUGGAGCGAGAAGCUGAGAUCUUUGAGGAGUUUGUGGUGAAAGUGAACGCUGAAGACCAGUGCCCAGACUACACCAUCCGCCACCUCAGCCUGACCAAUAAGAGAGAGAAGAACAGUGAGCGGGAGGUGACUCAUAUCCAGUUCCUGAGUUGGCCUGACCACGGUGUUCCAGGAGAGCCCCACCUGCUGCUCAAACUGAGGCGGCGCGUCAACGCCUUUAAGAACCUGUUCAGUGGACCCAUCGUUGUUCACUGCAGUGCUGGCGUGGGCAGGACGGGCACCUACAUUGGCAUAGAUGCCAUGAUGGAGGGUCUGGAGGCCGAGGGCAGAGUGGAUAUCUAUGGAUACGUGGUCCAGCUGCGCAGACAGAGGUGCCUCAUGGUGCAAGUGGAGGCCCAGUACAUCCUGAUCCACCAGGCCCUGCUCGAGCAUAACCAGUUUGGAGAGACAGAGGUCAGCCUGAGCGAGCUCCACAGCACCCUGAGCACCCUGAAGGAGCAGGGCCCCGGGGAGGAGGGCACCCUCCUGGCGGACGAGUUUGAGAGAAUGCCCGUGUAUAAGAACUGGAGAACGUACAACGCAGGGAUCACCGAGGAGAACAAGAAGAAGAACCGGGUGUCUGCUGUAGUCCCAUACGACUAUAACCGUGUGCUGCUGCGUCUGGAGGAGGAGCUCAGUCGGGACAGUCAGCACGAUGAAGACGAGGAGGACGAGUCUUCUGAUGAGGAAGAGGAGUCAUCCAAGUACAUCAAUGCCACCCAUGUCGACGGUUACUGGGGCUCCCGCUGCUUCAUCACCGCUCAGACUCCUGUGUCAGACACGACUGCCGACUUUUGGCUCAUGGUUCAUCAGAAGAAAGUGUCCUCCGUCAUCAUGCUGUCCGAGGAAGACAAGGAGUGCGUAUACUGGCCCAAAGAGAAAACCACGUACGUAGAUGUGGAGGUGGAGGUGACGUCUACAGAAAUUACUCCAGUUUUCGUGAGCCGCACCAUCAACAUCCGCCACGUGAAGAGGAAAGAAGGCCGAGCGGUCAGACAUUUCCAGUUCCUGAAGUGGGGAGAGGGAGAGUUACCGGAGAAGCCCCAGGACCUGAUGGACAUGCUGAAGGAGGUCAGGAGCAAAUGUGGAGACAGCAAAACACUCCGAGUCUCUCCAGCUCUGGUUCACUGCAAUGAUGGCUCUAGCCGCUCUGGCCUGCUGGUGGCGCUGUGGAACCUGCUGGACAGCGCAAACACAGAGAAGCUGGUGGACGUUUUCCAAGUGGUGAAAACUCUGCGUAAAGAGAGAGGGAACAUGAUCUCCACUCUGGAGCAGUAUCAGUUCCUGUACGACAUGCUGGAGGCCACUUUUCCUGUGCAGAACGGGGACCUGAAGGCACCACCGGCCUCUGCAGCCAACUCGGUGGAGAUCAUCGACGAAACUAAAACCGCGGAGCCCAAAGCCAGCGAGCAGGAGAGCGCCGCUACCGCCACCGACCAGGAGAAGGAGCCACUCACCGACAAACAGGAGCCCACAGAGGAGAAGCCCGGAGAGGACACUAGCACCUCCCCCUUAGUCACAGCAGAAGUGUGAAGGCCCAAAGAAGGAACCAAAAACGAUGCUGUAACACUUAGAUUAACUACUCUUUUUACAGUCUUAAACAAGUAUGAACAAAGACUUAAUUUGCAAAACUCAGUAACUACUUAAUAACCUAACCCCUUAAUUAAAGCUGUAUUGUGUAACUUUCUGGUGGAGGGUCUGUCACCUGCCUGUUGUUCUACCUGGAAUGUUCCACAGUGUGACAUUAAACAGCUCUACUUUACGUUUAUUCAAUUCCAGGUGGGUAAAGCUCAAAAAUACCUAGAAAAACAGACAUUCUGACUGUGAGCGGGGUCGCCUUUCCACAGAUCUGACCUGCAACUUGGUCUGGUUUGGUUUCCAUGACGAUAGAUAAUAGACCCCACCAGAAAAGUUACACAGUGCACCUUUAAGUAGUUAAGCCUGAUUGAUUGUGAUGAGUCUUUGUUGGUGCUUUAUUAAGGCUAGUGAAGAUGUAAUUAUGAUGAAGUGAUACUUUUGCUUGCUUUUUUGAUAUUUUAUUAUUGUAAAGACAGUAUGGAUUAUUUUGUUAAAGAGUUUUUCAAAGUGUCCUUAAAAGAUAUAGGUCAUAAUUUAUACAAGUGUUGUGGUUGCUGUUGUCAAACUUUGUGGUUUGGGUCUCAUCGCUUUUUUAAAAUGCGCAAUUUAACAAUAUGACAAGAAUUCUGUAUUUUUGAAUCUAAUUUCAGUAGUUUUGUACAUUAGAUUUGUCAAAUAAUUUAGGUAUUAAUGUCUAAAUGUCAAAGCUGCUCAGAUCUAGAUAAAAUGUAAAAUAACAUCUAUAUUCAACUUAAAGGGCAUUCUGUAACUUUUCUUUCUGGUUUCCAUGGAGACGUUAGGGCUUUGCCUAGAAUGGAUGACAGUAUCUCAGUUGGUCGAGUGUUUGUCCAAUGAUCCAAACGUUGGCAGUUUGAAUCCCUCUCCUCCCACAGAUGAAUAAUGUUGUUGUGUCUUUGGGCAAGACACUUUACCCACCUCACACCUCACCGCUAGUGUGUGUGUGUGUGUGUGUGUGUGUGUGUGUGUGUGUGUGUGUGUGUGUGUGUGAGUGUUUCUUUGAUAAGGGUUCCCACGGUCAUAGAAAUCCUGAAAAAGUCAUGGAAAUUGAAAAUGUCAUUUUCAAGGCCUGUAAAGUUAUGGAAUUUUAUAAAUUCAAUGAAGUUUUGGAAAAGUCAUGGAAUUUUAGUAUCUCUAAGUUUUCAUUAGACUCUUCUGAUUAUUUCUGAACGUCUGCACCUUUUGUUUAAAAGAGGCGACAUUAAAUGCACUGACAGGAUUUUGAAUGUUCAAAAACUAUAAUCCCAAACCAUAAAGUGAGUGGAAAGAGUAAAUGUUUCAUAUUUAGAUCUAAAAGUCUGAUCAAUUCUACACAUGUAGGUGCUGUAAAGUCAUGGAAAAUUCACUUGAAAAAGUCAUAGAAAAAAUGAAAUGUGUCAGUGAAAAAGAGUGGGAACCCUGUCUGAUGUAAAAGACUUUGAGUGCUUGAAAGUGGAAAAGCGCUGCAUAAAAAUAUGACCAUUUACCAAUGUUCCAUAGUGUGGCAUUAAACAUAUCCGUCUUGUAUUUAUUUCAUUAUUGCUAAACAAAUACCCUGGACACAUGCAGACGUGCUCGCCUCACCUAGAGCUGAUCUGUCACCUGAGAAGGUCUCCAUGGAGAUGCCAGGUUAAUGCCAUGCUGUGAAACAUUCUAGGCAAAGCAAUAUCAUCUCCAUGGAAAUCAACAGGUGGCCAGUCCUUCACCAGAAAAAUUACGCAGUGCAUCUUUAAUGUUGGUAUUUCAGGCCACCUCUGAAUUUACUUUUACAUUUAAAAUUUUGUAUUUAAACAUACUUUUAGCUAUUUUUGAGUAGAUUUAUUCCUUUUAUUUAUUAUUUUUUUAGCUCAGAAUUGGAAAUAUUUCAUUGUCACAUGAGUUGGAAGAUAAAAGUUGGAAGAUAUGUUGUUGUUUUUUUAGAUGUUUGGAGGAACCUUUCAUAAAACAUGAACAGCAGGAGUAUGAUCUUAUACCAUUUCUCAUAUGCAGUUUCACUCAAUUAUUGCGUUGCCAUAAUUAAAGUUUGAAAAGAUUCUAUAGCCACUGGUGUAAAUAUUAUUUUUCUGACCUGUCCAGAGCUGUACCAUCUUCUUUUGAACCAGAAAUAAAUGUUUAAAGACGA